AUGAUCGGUGAUAUGAUCAAAACAUACAUUUUACAGGGCCCGACAGUGUGGAUGCAGCUCAAAUCCAAUUUGGUGGCAAUCAUAAUCCUUUCCCGAGGAUGUUGUGGACUCUCUCGGUGCGUCACUUACUACUUAUUGGUCAUAGGGGUGUUUGAUUUCCUUGUCAUUAUCACCUCUGUCAUCCUCAACCGGAUUGGACGUAUCUACUUAAGGUACAGUGCUCUCUCAACUACACUUGGUUGCACGCUUAGUGCGGUGCUGGUUCGUUGCACUCGGGAUAGCUCUGUUUGGCUGACAGUGGCAUUCACCAUUGACCGCUUUGUCGCCAUCUGUUGCCAGAACCUGAAGACCAGAUACUGUACUGAGCAAAUUGCACUGUUGGUUAUAGGAACUAUUUGUGUCCUGAGCUGCAUCAAGAAUAUUCCCUUUUAUUUCAUCUACCAACCCUUGUACAUUCAGGAUAAAGUGCCGUGGUUCUGUGACGUCAAAGUCUCCUUCUAUACUUUGCCUGUCUGGAAGGCCUACCACUGGCUGGACCACAUCUUAACCCCAUUUCUUCCAUUUCUUUUCAUACUGCUUCUUAAUGCACUAACUGUGAGACACAUCUUCGUGGCCAGCAGAGCCCGCAAGAGGCUUCAAGGUGCAUUGAGUCACAAAGAUUCAGAGAUGGCCAACCGCAAUAAGUCCAUCGUGCUGCUUUUCACCAUCUCUCUCAGCUUCCUCUUCCUGUGGGUGACCUACGUCGGGCAGUUCCUCUAUGUGCGGGUUACAGGUGUGGGAUAUUUCACGGGUCUGAAUUUCAAUGACCCAUUGUACAUCUUUCAAGAGAUGGCUAACAUGCUCCAGUUACUAAGCUCCUGUAACAACGUCUUCAUUUAUGCAAUAUCACAGAUCAGGUUUCGAGAGGAAUUGAAGAAUAUGCUGAUGUGUCCCUUUACUAUGAUUACUGCUUGUAUUAAACAGUGA